UGAUGCAGCGGAGUUACGCUUCUUUGAGGAUUGGGGAAGGUCCUUAGGUUUCAACGGCUCAGUAAUCGCAAGGAUUUUGAGCUCGUGGUCUUGCUGUAAUUGCGCAAGAGCUGAUGCCGACGUCGGCACAGCUGAUGCAGAUUUACGCGUGGCUACCAUCGUGAGUAUGUUGUGUCGAAGUUGUUGCAGAUUGCACAAUGUGCAGAGAGUGGGGGGUGUUUGUUUUGGGCGAUACACGCGCCUUCUCGUAGGGCUGAACGCCGCGGCUAUUACCCAUCCGAGACUAGCCUGUGCCCUCAUUACAUCGAGUCCUAUGCUUCAAUCCUCUUCACUCCUACACCUCAACUAUGCCAUUUGGUAUUGACGAUGAUGAGUAUGUCGCAAAACUUCUUGCGCAAGAUGCCAAGAAGAUGAGCAAGACGUAUGACCUAGUUGGCCUGGACGCCUUCAACCCCAAGAGAUCUAGAGCGGGCGCACCAAAACCUAACACAAACUUCCUGCGACACAUCAUCCGCCAAACCGAUAGUCACAAUGCUGCACUGUUGGCGAAGGAGGCGGAGGAGUCAAGCUCGCGACUCAGGCAAAUGAAUCACGAAAGAGACAAGGAGCGCACAGAGGCGGUGGACAGGGCGAAGAGGAGGAUUGAAGAGCGCUUAAGCCCACCACCCAAAGACGACGACUCACAGAAACGACGCUCGAGGCGAAGAGACGAUCAUGACGAGGACGAGGCUGAUCGUAGAAAGGGUAAGAGGAGGGAGCAUCGAGAUGACCACCCAGACUCGCAUUCCAGACGGCAUAGGGACAGAAGUAGAGAGAGGCAUAGACAUAAAAGGCGGCACGAAGACAGUGACGACGAUCGAACAACAUACAAAUUGAGACGGUCGAGAGACCACCGGAGCGAUGGCCGUCGACAUCGUCACGAUAGUGAGGAAGAGGAUAGGAGGUCGCGCGACAAAUCAUCGCACGACCGGAGCCGCAGAAAACCAAGACCAUACUCAAGAUCUCCAACUCAAUCGCGGUCAAGAUCGCCUCGCCACAAGACCCACAGAAUGCGUGACCGGUCACGCUCGCCUAGACGCUCAUCGCGCAGCCCUAAGACAUCGCGUAGGAGUAAACAACGAUCAGCAACACCAGCGUCCAACUCUGAUCCACUCGAAGCCAUUGUUGGCCCCCUACCACCUCCGCCUGAACCUACUGUUCGCUCGCGUGGCCGAGGUGUCCUCAAAGCGAACUCCAUGGGGAUCGAGUCUCGCUUCUCCGCUAACUACAAUCCCUCCAUGGACAUGAGACCGGGUUCAGACGCCGAGGACGACUGGGGCGAAGCACUAGAGGUUAUGCGGGACCGCGAACGCUGGAAGCAGCAAGGCGCAGAUCGACUGCGCGCAGCGGGGUUCAAGGACGAACAAGUGAAGAAGUGGGAGAAAGGCGGUGACCCAAUGGAAGAGGAUGUGGUAUGGAGCAAGGAAGGACAGGAUAGAGAGUGGGACAGGGGCAAAGUCGUCGACGAAGAAGGAGACGUGGAACUGAAAGCGGAGUGGGGGAGGUUAAAGUAAGUCUUCGCCAUUGGCGAUGUGUAUUGGUA